AUGACAAUCUUCAAAGUCAACACCGUCAAUCUCUGCUACCUGGACGAAGAGACUUUGGCCUUUGCCAUCACUCUAUCCAAACGCAAGAAGAACAACGGCAACAACGACGACAGCAACAGCACAACUAACAGCUCCUUCGGCUGCGUAGCUCGUCUCCGCCCUGCUUUCAACACUGACCACAAACCCGCCAUGACCCCCGAGGAGGAGGCCAUCAGCCUCCAACGCGACCUCACCCUCGCCUCUCUCGAGGGCCGCGCCUCGCACCACCCCGACAGCCCUGCCUAUGACAUGUGGACCCGCUGGUUCGUCCAGCAGCGUGCCGCGGCGGAGCAAUCGAGCCUGAGCGACGAGCACCACCACCACACCGGCCCGAACCCGGCAAACCCACCACAGCGCUCCAGCGCCGUCCGCAGGCCGCGCCCCCCGCCGCCCACCCCGCCUCCCCCGCCGCCGCAUUGCGACAAGCCGCUCCCGCCCCUGCCCCUGCAAGUCACCCUGCCCCUGCGAGUCACCACCAUCCGCAGACGCCCGGUCCCGACGUCUUCGUCAUCCAGCAACACCACCACCACCACCAUCCGCAGACGCCCGGUCCCGACGUCGUCGUCCAGCAAUACCACCACCACCACCACCACCACCACCACCACCACCACCACCACCAGGGCUAACAAUAACCACCCCCUCCCCCCCGCGCCGUCGAAGCCGCCGGUCCCGCCGAAGGACGACGACGACGACGACGCCGACUCGGGCCGCCCUCUCCUCCCCGGUGGUGAUGAUGGUGAUCCGCCAGCGCCUCCGCCGAUCCCCGAGCGCCGCCACCCGCCGCUGGUGAGCGCGCCGGCGCCGAACACGCCGCGGGAUCGGGUCCCGGAGGGCUGGUUUUAG